GUGACGUCACCGAGCAAAAUAAAGAAGAAAUUUUUUGGACAAAAUCAACGAAAAGUUGGCCUCAAAUGUUGGUGAAUUUCUCUGCUGUGGCUUUGUAUUCGGGUCCGAUACAAACCACAGCCAGCGUAUAGCAAGACUGGCAUCCUCCUCUGACUCGGAAGACGGUGGAAUUUCGUCCCCACCGCGCAAAAAGCUCCGUCUUUCUGCCUCGAAUAUGCAGACGAAUGGCUGCCCUCAACACAAUGGCGAAUCUGGGCCCCCACCUUCAACUUCCAAUGUAAACGGAGCCUGUGCUACAAAUGGGGUGGCAAAUGGUGAAACUGAGAGACAAUGUACACUCAAACAUAUAUCCAAAACCGAUCAGGACAUUAUCCGUCUGAUUGGGCAGCAUUUGAAAGGCCUUGGACUUGAUGGUCCCGCGGAUGAUUUAAUGCGCCAGUCUGGCACAAUGUUGGAACAUCCUGCAGCAUCAACUUUCAGAUCUCACAUCAUGAAUGGAGAGUGGGAAAAGGCUGACAGUGGUCUGAAUGAGCUAAAGUCACUUGUAGAGUGCAGUAGAGGAACUAUAAAGAUGCGGUUCCUGCUGCUGGAACAGAAGUACCUGGAAUACUUGGAAGAUGGGAGAGUACUGGAGGCAUUGAAUUGUCUCCGUAAUGAACUCACCCCUCUCAAGUUUAACACACAGAGAGUCCAUGAACUCAGCACUUAUAUGAUGUGCAGUAACCCGGAGGACCUGCGUGAAAUGGCAAAUUGGAGUGGCAAGGGUCAAUCUUCUAGGAGAAAAUUAAUCGAAAAGCUACAAUCAUUUCUUCCGCCUUCUGUCAUGCUCCCUCCACGCCGUCUGCUCACACUGCUAAAUCAAGCCAUAGAUCUUCAGAAGGACCGAUGUCCGUACCAUAACACACAAUAUGACAAUAAUCUUGAUGCUGUGUCCCUGCUCAUGGACCAUAUAUGUAGCAGGGAGGACUUCCCUUGUACCACAACACAAGUGCUCAAUGAUCACUGUGACGAGGUGUGGUUCUGUCGCUUCUCACCAGAUGGCACCAAACUUGCUACUGGGUCAAAAGAUGGGACACUCAUUAUCUGGGACGUUGACCAGAACACAUACAACUUGAAGCUCAGACGAACAUUUGAAGGCCAUAACUAUGGGGUGUCUUACAUAGCAUGGAGUCCUGACAAUAUUUAUAUAGUGGCAUGUGGUCCUGAUGACUGCUCAGAGCUCUGGAUAUGGAAUGUAGAGACUGGGGACCUUAGAGCCAAAAUGAGCCAAUCACAAGAAGAUAGUCUUACAUGUGCAGCCUUUCAUUAUGACGGCAAGAAAUUCAUAACAGGUGGCACUAGAGGUCAAUUUUAUCAGUGUGACUUAGAUGGUAAUGUAUUAGAAUCGUGGGAAGGAAUCAGAGUACAGUGUCUACAGUGUUUACCUGACAAGCGUGUCCUGGCAGCAGACUCUCGAAAGAGAGUGCGAGCCUAUUGCUUUAAUGAUAUGUCAGAUCAAAAUAUACUCUCUGAGGAUCAGCCAAUAAUGUCAUUCACAACCAAUGAUACUGGCCGUUUAGCCCUCCUUAAUGUAGCCACCCAGGGUGUCCAUUUAUGGGACCUAAAGGAUAAAAUAUUGUUGCGUAAAUUCCAAGGUUUAACCCAGGGCUUCUAUACAAUACAUUCUUGCUUUGGGGGACUCAAUCAAGACUUCAUAGCAAGUGGCAGUGAAGACCAAAAAGUUUAUAUAUGGCACAAUAAACGUGAAGAGGCAGUUGCCGUACUUGAAGGGCAUACACGCACUGUUAAUUGUGUCCACUGGAACCCAAAAAUUCCCAGCAUGCUUGCUAGUACAUCAGAUGAUGGUACAGUCAGGAUCUGGGGCCCAAAUUUUAGUAGCCAUUCAUUAAGUGCACAUGACUCAGGUUGUAGUACUCCAGUGUAGCAAUGGCUCCAGAAGCAACAUAACUGACACCUACCCCCUGCCCAUCAACUCCCUCAAAUGUACAUACCUGCCUACUUCAACUAUAUAUGCAACUUUAAUCAGUGA